AGAUCAUCCAAUUUCGAAUGGCUGUAGCUUCAAAAACAUUAAACCGUCCAUCAAUACUGCGGAAAGAACAAACAAGUAAGAGCAGCAGAAAAAUAGUUAUUUCUCAGGAUUUUGUUGAAUUACCAAUUGGAGCUGAUUUUGAUCCAUCGAAACUAAAAACAUGUAAAAGUGCUAAUAUCGAGAUGAGAAGUAUGCAAAAACGUGGUUCUUGA